GGCACUGGGGCGCUCCUGGCCGUCUGCUGAGCUGGGGGAGCCAUGGGGCGCACCGCCGGGGAGAUGGUGUCGUCGCUUCUGGGGCUGUGGCUGCUGCUUUGCUGCUGGGGGUGCCUCGGGAGCGCCGAGCGGCGGGCCCCGCCAGAUAAGAUCGCCAUUAUUGGAGCUGGAAUUGGUGGCACCUCAGCAGCCUAUUAUCUGCGGCAGAAAUUUGGGAAAGAUGUGACAAUUCACCUGUUUGAACGAGGAGAGGUGGGGGGCCGUCUAGCCACCUUGUCUGUGCUGGGGGAAGAAUAUGAAGCAGGAGGUUCUGUCAUCCAUCCUUUAAAUCUGCACAUGAAGCGUUUUGUCAAAGAUCUGGGUCUUUCAACUCUUCAGAGCUCUGGUGGCCUAAUGGGAGUGUAUAAUGGAGAGACUUUGGUGUUUCAGGAGAGCUCCUGGUUUAUAAUUAACAUUAUUAAACUUAUUUGGCAAUAUGGAUUUCAACCCCUCCGUAUGCACAUGUGGGUAGAGGAUGUGUUAGACAAAUUUAUGAGGAUCUACCGCUACCAAUCUCAUGACUAUGCCUUCAGUAGUGUAGAAAAGUUACUACAUUCUCUAGGAGGGGAUGAAUUCCUUGGAAUGCUUAACCGGACACUUCUUGAAACCUUGCAGAAAGCAGGCUUCUCUGAGAAAUUCCUCGAUGAAAUUGUUACUCCUGUCAUGAGAGUUAAUUAUGGCCAAAGCAUGAACAUCAAUGGCUUUGUGGGGGCAGUGUCAAUGGCUGGUGCUGAUUCUGGCCUUUGGGCAGUAGAAGGUGGCAAUAAACUUGUUUGCUCAGGGCUCCUUCAGGCUUCCAAAAGCAUUCUCAUAACUGGCUCAGUAAUGUACAUAGAGGAGAAGACAAGGACCAAAAAUACAGGAGAUCCCACAAAGAUGUAUGAAGUGGUUUACCAAACUGGAUCUGAGACCCGUUCAGACUUCUAUGAUAUUGUCGUGGUGGCCACUCCAUUGAAUCGAAAAAUGUCCAAUAUAACUUUUCUCAACUUUGAGCCUCCAAUUGAGGAAUUCCAUCAAUACUACCAACAUAUAGUGGCAACUUUCGUUAAGGGGGAGUUGAAUGCAUCUCUCUUUAGCUCUAGAGCCUUAGAUAAGCUUGAUCUCACAACAAUCUUAACCACUGAUAAUUCAGAUUUGUUCAUUAAUAGUAUGGGAAUUGCACCCUCAGUAAGAAAAAAUGAUAAUCCUCAACCAUCAACAGAUGGGACCUCUGUUUGGAAGAUCUUUUCCCAAGAAACUCUUACUAAGAAACAGAUUUUAAAGCUCUUUUUGUCCUAUGAUUUUGCUGUGAAGCAGCCAUGGCUUGCAUAUCCUCGCUAUAAGCCUCCACAGAAAUGCCCCUCCAUCAUACUCCAUGAUCGACUUUAUUACCUUAAUGGCAUAGAGUGUGCAGCAAGUGCCAUGGAGAUGAGUGCCAUUGCAGCCCACAAUGCCGCUCUUCUUGCCUAUCAUCGCUGGAAUGGGCACACAGGCAUGAUUGACCAAGAGGACUUAUAUGAGAAACUUAAAACUGAGCUGUGAAAGACCACCAUCUCUUUUUUCCCCUCCUGGUUCCUGAUGGAAAUUCACUGGCAAAAAAUACCAUCUGAGCAAGAGUGAUUUUGAAUCAGAUAUUUUGCCAUUAUCAUUGCUUAACAAAAGUAAAACCCAGUGAGUCAU